CUCAUGGAGCUUUGUGCCUCCCCUGAGCCUUAGGGAGUAAGCCUUAAAUAAAUUUUUGGAAAAUCUACAAAAUUUAAAAAUAGGGUAAAAUGCCAGCGGAGAAGUGCACUUGCCUUAAAAAGGAGGCCCGCGUUCAUGUUAUAUACGUUGGCGGAACUAUUGGAAUGAUCCGUGACGAGUCUGGAGUACUGCGUCCUGAGCAUAAUGUAUUGGCCAAGCGCAUCUGCGAUUUUCCGAGCUGCCAUGAUAGGAAUUAUAUCCGCAAGACAGAUGAUGAAAGUCUAAUGGUACUGCCAGCUGUGGCCGGUGCUCCGUAUCGAGUCCUCUACGAUAUCGUUGAGUUUUGUCCGUUGUUGGAUUCCUCUUGCAUGGGUAUCUGCGAAUGGCAACGAAUGGCCAACGAAGUGGGAAAAACCUAUAAGACCUAUGAUGGCUUUGUGAUCCUCCAUGGAACUGAUACCUUGGCUUACUCCGCUUCGGCGCUGGCCUUUAUGCUUGAGAAUUUGAGCAAGCCCGUAGUACUCACUGGGGCUCAAAUAUCGAUAUUCGAGGCCCGAAGUGAUGGUCGGGAGAAUUUAUUAAGCUCACUUCUGAUCGCAGGAAAUUACAACAUACCUGAGGUGCUCGUCUUCUUCGGAAACAAGAUCCUCCGUGGCUGCCGUUCUACAAAGCUUCACUCGGACUCCUUUCACGCACUGGAUUCUCCAAAUAUGGUUCCACUAGGCCGGGCUGGUGUGAACAUUGAGAUAAACAGUCGCCAAAUCUUUCGACCAUGCAAUACUAAACCAUUUUCCCUUCAUUCCGUACUCGAUAAAAAUGUGGCUCUGCUGCGAAUUUACCCGGGAAUAAGUCUUAAUAUAGUACAGGCCUUUUUAAAGGAGCCCAUAAAAGGCGUAGUUCUGCAAACUUUUGGAUCUGGCAACUUUCCGGUGAAUCGUGAGGAAUUACUAGACGAACUAAGGGCGGCGAUCGCCAGAAACGUAAUUAUUGUAAACAUUACACAGUGCUCAUCGGGCAUGGUGACCAACACAUACGAGACGUCCCAACAGCUGCUCGAUGUAGGCGUAAUCCCCGGCCACGACAUGACUCAAGAGGCUGCCUUCACUAAGUUGGCUUAUGUGCUGUCUAAACCUGAGUUGGAUGUUAUUAAUAAGAAGAAAGUAAUGCUGCUGAGUCUUCGCGGUGAAAUGACCACCAAUAAGGUGGCAAAGAUCAACGAUAUUGACCUGAUCGAGGGCGUGGCCCGAACCUUGCACAUGUCCACGGCGCUGGAAAGAAAGCAGAUGUGCUCUACAUUUUACCCCGCUUUGGUAGCUGCCGCAGUCACCGAAGGUGAUGUCCAGAAGUUGGGCGAUCUCAAGCAGUACGGCGCCAAUCUGUGCGAUACCAACUGCGAUGGACGCUCCGCCCUGCAUUUAGCCUGCUUCUUGGGCAAGGCAAAUGUUGUCUGCUUUCUGAUUACCGCGGGUUGUCCGCUUAAUGUCCAUGAUCGAUUUAACCGUACGCCAUUGCACGAAGCCAUCGACACGGACAACCAUGAUAUCAUCCAGGCGCUGCUCAGGAACGGUGCCAAGCUAAAUGAUCAACCACUGGUCCAAGCUGAGCUACUCCGCGCCCUGACGGAGCGGGGUAAGAUCAAGCGAUUGGAAUCCUUUCGGGUGGCUGGCGCAAAUCUCACGCUAGCAGAUCGGACGGGACGAACGGCUCUGCACUACGCCUGCCAGUUGGGCAACCAUGAGGUGGUUGAAUAUCUCCUACCGCAUUACGAUAAUCCAUACAUAAAGGAUGAACUGGGCAUGGCACCCAUCGAUUAUGCCAAGGCAGCAAACCAUGCCCAUAUUCUGACACUGCUGCGAUUCCGAGAGAACGAGUUGGUUAACCAAGAUCCCUGCACCUGCAUCAAAUAGAAACUAAAACUUAACCCCAAUUCCGAAUUUCCAAAUUAAAGUAUGCUUAACCACA